UUGCCGGUGGCUUAGUGGGUCGCAAUCUCGCGCAACUUGCUUGGGCGACAGUCGGGGUUAUAGCAACGGAAAGCCCAUCAGCAGAAGCAGCGGGACGGCGGAGAGAGAGACGGCGGUAGCUUCAGUCUUUGUAUAAGUGGUCAAGCACAAUCCAGUUCUCAGCAGUACGCUCCAACACACACCCAGCACAGCAGGAGGAUGGCGGUGAAUGUCUACUCCACCUCUAUGACCAUAGAGAACCUGAGUCGCCAUGACAUGUUGGCGUGGGUGAACGACUCUCUGCAGCUCACCUACACAAAGAUUGAGCAGCUGUGUACAGGCGCAGCUUACUGCCAGUUCAUGGACAUGCUGUUUCCAGGCUGCAUAUUACUGAAGAAAGUCAAGUUCAACGCAAAACUGGAACAUGAAUACAUCCACAAUUUCAAGGUCUUACAGGCUGCGUUCAAGAGAAUGACCGUUGACAAGAUCAUCCCGGUGGAGAAAUUGGUGAAGGGGAAGUUCCAGGACAAUUUUGAGUUCCUUCAGUGGUUUAAGAAGUUUUUUGAUGCCAACUAUGACGGGAAAGAAUACGACCCUCUGCUCACACGGCAGGGCCAGGAAGGAACGCCGCCUCCACCUAAUCCAGGCCCCAUGAGAACAUCUCCCACAGCACCAAAGAGUGUCCCCACCCCGCAGAGGCAGAUAGCAUCAGCCCGCAGGAACCCUCCUGUGACACGUAAUGGAGGAGACGCUGAGCUCAUAGAGCUCAACCAGCAGUUGCUCGAUCUGAAGGUGACCGUAGACGGGCUGGAGAAGGAGAGGGACUUCUACUUUGGGAAGCUGAGAGACAUUGAACUCAUCUGCCAGGAGAAUGAAAACAACCCAGUUUUGAACAAAAUCAUGGACAUCCUGUAUGCUACAGAGGAGGGAUUUGCACCACCAGAAGAUGAUGAAAUUGAUGAAGGAGCACGAGGAGAACACGAGGAGUACUGAAAUCUUCCUCUCCUCUUUAUCACCGUCACCACUCCUCCACCUCCCUUCCUUUAAUCUGACCUUAAUUGCCAUUUUUGCCCCUUUUUGUUUUCCCUCUAAUUAGUUUACAUUUUACAAACUCCCCUUACUUCGCCUGUCUUGUCCACGGCUGUCCAUCUCACAACAUGUUUGUUGUACAGCCUCACUUCCUUUCCAAACUCUUACUAGUAAAGGACGCUUAACCCGGACCGGUCUGGACUCGGACCCAGCAGCCUGGCUUGGCUUACUCGACUUGUUCUAACCUGAUGGGACAACUGUGCUGCGGGGCUUCUCAUCCUGCUGGUGUGUCGCAGGUUUAUAGUUAACAGCAGUAAGAUGACAAACAGCUCUGGAGUGCUAUGAAUCUGUCUGAUGAGUCAGGUCACUUUCUCCCAUCAUGCACUCUGAUUGACCACACACAGACACACAUAUUGAUCGGGGUUCUCUGCAAAGUUUAUACAUGAAACCACACAAUGUUUUCCACAUAAUGUGAUCAGCUUUAGAAGAUUUUGGCUGGAAGUGGCUCAAAGUGAGAUUAUAAAAAGGCGUUAAGCCUAUCCAGAGAGCAGCAUGCACGCUGCACACGAUGACACAUGUGAACGCCAACACAGACAUAUCACAGACUCUGAAAUGCUCACAUGUAUGUCGUAAAAAAGUAAUCAUUCUGAGGUGAAGCAUCACAGAUAUGUUUUUAUUCAUUAAGUCGUCCCAGCACAAAGGGUUUGCUCAUGAAACUGUCCAGACAGCUUGUUUAGGAGCCAUUAGAUGUAUUUAUGUUUUUAUUUAUUUAUAUUUUUUAAUCUGCUCUAAACAGUUUCUGAAAAAACACAAGAUGGGGUUUGUAGAAACUGAAGGUCUUGCACUAAAUGUAGCAAAAAAAGCUGACUGAAAUGAUCCAAAAUGCCAACAUGCAGUGACUGGCUCCAGCCAGAACGACACAGAAAGAUGCAAUUUUAUAUUUUGUAGAUUUGUUGAAAAAGACUUGUUUUUUUUUGUUUCCUUUGCAUUGAUUUCUUCAGUGGCCAAGUCAGAGGCAUAAGUUUAAACUUAUUUAAAUGUCAGGCUUUGAAUUCUAUCAAUGAACAAAUGUAAAAAAGAAGACUAUAGAGGACACUACUAAAUACUAAUGUUUGACCGUUUUAAUUGAGUUAAACAUUUUAGCUGCUAUCACUACACUUCUGUUGUUGUAUUUAAUUGAAUUUUCAUAAGUCGCAUAGCGUUAACACACCACAAUGGCUGCCAUGGAAUUAAAGGUUUGUUUUUUGUGAUUGACAGCCAGGCUGAGUGUGAUUGCCAUUAGUUGGAUCAGUCUGAGAGAAGAGAACAUCAGACCCUCUCUCACCUUGCCAUGGCAGCUGUGUGAUAAACUUGCAUCAUUUGGAUUUACUGCUGGAAUGAAAUAAAGCUAUGAGUUUCAAGAAAAGUAA